CAUCACGCGUCUCAGUGCGCUUCUGUGACUACGAGCACACAGUGCCAUUAAAUGGUAUCUUGUAAACAUAAAAAAGGGUUAAGAUGCCUAUGAAAGGAAGGUUUCCGAUCAGGAGGACCCUGGAAUAUCUCCAGAAGGGCGACAUCAUCUUCAAAAACAGAGUGAAGAUCAUGACAGUGAAUUAUAACACACACGGAGAGCUCAGCGACGGAGCAAGAAAGUUUGUGUUCUUCAAUAUUCCCCAAAUUCAGUACAAAAACCCGUGGGUCCAAAUUAUGAUGUUCAAAAACAUGACGCCGUCACCAUUCCUGAAGUUCUACCUGGAUGACGGGGAACAAGUAACGGUGGAUGUGGAGGGGAAGGGCCACAAACAUAUCGCUCAACACGUUAAGAAGAUUUUAGGAAAAUCAGAAGAGGUGCUGCAAGCUGAGGAUCUGGCCAAGAUGCACGCCUCCAACCCCGCCAACUUUGGACCAAAGAAGUAUUGUCUGAGGGAGUGCAUCUGUGAAGUGGAGGGCCAGGUGCCAUGUCCUGGCACCACGCCGCUGCCUAAAGAGAUGACGGGCAAAUACAAGGCCCAGAUGGCAGCGUCGCAGGAGUAGAGUCUGAGGAGGACAGCGGACUUUUGUAGAUUUACACAACAAUAUUACAGGAUUAUGUUUUAUUUGUAGUUUAUAUAACUAUAUGAAAUGACUGCCACUCAAUCUUAAAGCAGCAGGAACCAACCAUCUUCUUAAUACUUUGGGCCGUCAUAUCACAAACUGUCUUUGUACCGCAGAGACCUGGUUGAAAACUUCACAUUGAUGUAUAUCAGCUGACUGUGAUGUCAGCAUUCAAAUAAAACCCAUAUUUGCUUA